AUAGCGCCGAACGGACAUUUCUUGGGACAGAUACCGCAGCCAAUGCAAAGGCGUUCGGAAAUGAAGGCGAUCUUGGAUUCGGGGCUCACUUCAAUACAGAGCUUUCCGGUACGGACGACGGGGCAGGACUUCUUGCACUCCUGGCGACAUUUC